AUGAACUUCUUCUUAGACUAUGCAAUUUGUAACCGUGGGCCCAGCGCCUACGCACCCAAGGAGUACCAGCAGCAUCUCGACCAAGGGACCACUUCCUUCCCAGCUUGUUCAGGCACCAGCAUUCCUUCCUGUGACAGCUAUCACUCAGAGGGACACUUCGGGGCACCCGGGGUGGGCGCCGCUGCUGGGCCCAAUGCCCACCACCAUCAGCAGAACCCCAGCUACCCCCCUCCUCCCCCUCCCCCUCCUCCCCUUCCUCCUCCUCUUCCUCCCACCCCUGCUGGCCUUGGCAUCUCCUUCACAGGGUCAUCUCAGCCAGGAGGAGGUGGCGGAUACAUGGCCCCCAGCUGCAGCCCAAGCUUCGUCACCCAGCAGUUCUACCUCAACCCCCAGGAGACGGAUGGAGCCUAUUUCCAGUCCUCGGCCUACCCUGCCAGCGUGGCAGUUGCUGCUGCUUCAUCUCCUUCUUCCAGCCUGGGAAGUUUACCAGACGGUUUCUGCAGCACCACGGGCCAGUUUCAGCCACAACACCUCUAUGGCCCUGAACAGAGUGGCUACUUGCAAGGGGCCUUUGGCAACCUGUCGCCGCCCUCACACGAGAACAAAGACCUGAGGGCUUGCUCAUCCUCCCAGCCAUGUCCCAUGGCUGCUGCCACCGCCACCCAAACCUUUGACUGGAUGAAAGUGAAAAGGAACCCUCCCAAGACAGCGAAAGUGUCCGACUACGGCCUGGCUGUCCACCCCAGCAACAUCCGGACCAACUUCAGCACCAAGCAGCUGACGGAGCUGGAGAAGGAGUUCCACUUCAGCAAGUACCUCACCCGAGCGCGGCGAGUGGAGAUCGCGGCCACCCUGGAGCUCAACGAGACCCAGGUGAAGAUCUGGUUCCAGAACCGGAGGAUGAAGCAGAAGAAGCGGGAGAAAGAGGGCCUGGCCCCCCCCGCCGCCGCCGCCCCCCGCAGCGGCUCGGCCAAGGAAAGCGCCGAGGCCGCAUCGGACAGAUCGAGCGGCGCCUCCACCCCCGACGCGUCGCCCAGCUCCGUGUCCUCUUGA